AUGUUACUGGCCUUGAAAGAGAUAAUUAUUAUUCUCAUUUUAAACAGGUAUGAGGUGAAUGGUCACAGUGAGGAUGGAAAUGAGCUACAGACAACCCCAGAGUUCAGAGCACAUGUUGCCAAGAAACUGGGAGCAAUGCUGGACAGUUUCAUCACUGUCUUGAAGGAUUCAUCAGGACCUUCACAAACAUCUGUGCAGCAGUCUGACUCUGGAGAGGAUGGUUUUCGCCUCUUCUCUUCCUCUGUCCUGGGAGACACUGGGAAUCCAGAGCCUUGCCCUGCAGGAAGGAGGAGACGGCCACCCAGCUCCAGUGACACAGACAGUGACCAAGAGUGGCAAAGGUACCAGGAGGCUGCUGUGUCAGCCACAGACAUUCUGAAGCAAAGUGCUUUUCCUGCACUGUCCCAGGAUUCCAGCCAGGAUCCGAGUCAGGGUUAUGUAGAGCACAACCAUAAAAAAAAGAAAAAGAAAAUGAGGGGAGAGAAUAAAAUUCAAGAGAAAAUAAUAGACCCAGCAGAGUGUGACCAAAUCAGCAGAGAUUUGCCAUGGUCGGUGUCUGCAAAUGGACAGUAUGAGAGACAGGACAGCAGUGAAACAGAGGACUCAGUUGUACCAGCAGCUGUGAAGAAGAAGAAGAAGAAAAAAGAAUGA